AGAAGAGGAAGGAAGGUGGGCUGCGAUUGGCGGGCGGCUCCGUCUCCGGGAGUUGUUGCUGGGCAGGGUAAAGAUGGCGGCUCUGGACAGGGUCAAGGUGCUGGUCCUGGGCGACUCCGGUGUCGGAAAAUCUUCCCUCGUUCAUCUGCUCUGCCACAACCAGGUGCUGGGAAACCCGUCCUGGACAGUGGGCUGCUCCGUGGAUGUGCGAAUCCAUGACUACAAAGAAGGGACUCCAGAAGAGAAGACUUACUACAUUGAGCUGUGGGAUGUUGGAGGUUCAGUGGGUAGUGCCAGUAGCGUGAAAAGCACACGAGCAGUAUUCUAUAACUCGCUAAACGGGAUAAUUUUAGUGCAUGACUUAACCAACAAAAAAUCGUCCCAGAAUUUGUAUCGCUGGACUUUGGAAGCGCUCAACAGAGAUGUCGCUCCAACAGGAGUUCUUGUGACAAAUGGUGACUAUGACCGUGAACAGUUUGCUGAUAACCAGAUUCCACUGCUGGUAAUAGGAACUAAGCUGGAUCAGAUCCCAGAAACUAAGCGGAAUGAAGUUUUGACCAGAACAGCUUUCUUGGCUGAGGAUUUCAAUGCUGAAGAGAUAAAUUUGGAUUGCACCAAUCCUCGCUACCUGGCUGCAGGUUCAUCCAAUGCUGUCAAACUAAGCAGGUUUUUUGAUAAGGUCAUAGAGAAGAGAUACUUCUUAAGAGACGGCAAUCAGGUUCCUGGCUUCUCUGAAAGGAAAAGGUUUGGAGGAGGAACACUGAAGAGCCUUCAUUAUGACUGAACACUGAAGAAGUGGAAGAUGACUUCUCUGAGUUCCUAAUGACAUUCCCAUUCCAACUGGAUGCUCAAAGAUAAUGCUUAUGUCAAGCAGAGUAAAAUAUUACAACUGGCUAGCCUGCUGAAGCUGCUAUUGUUGGAAAAGACUUGGGGAAGGAUUUCCAGAAGCCUAAUCUGAAGCCUAGAGUCUUUCUUAGGAUUGCAGGCUGUCCGGAUAUAUGGGAACAAUUGGGGAAAGUGUGCAAUAAGUUGAAUAUCUCUCACUGCUGUGGGAAACUUUAUGCACAGCAUGUCUGUGUGACAUCUUUCUCUCCAUUUUGGGAAACUUAGGGACAGUCUUUGCAAUGAAUUGCAUUCAUUUUACCUCUAAAGGAAAGGUGACACUGAGUGGGCUUCACAUUUACUGUAAAGUGAACAAAAUGGGUAAGGAACGGUCUGGAAACUAAUAGAAUGCCUUUAUUAAAUGAAUGGUGUUGUCUCACCUGGAACACGCUGUUCAUCCUAUUCAAAAGGGAAAAAAGAAAGGCAAUAUAUGAAGAAAAGGUUUGAAACAUUAAAAAAAGAAAAUCGUUAGCAGAAAAGAAGUGGUGUUAAUUCUGCUGCUUGAAUUAAAAUUGUUUACUUGGAGAGGACAAAGUGAAUCAGGUUUUUGUCUUUUCAUAAUUGACUGGUCUUGUUCUUUAUAUUAAAUUAAAAGGCAAUGCUUUGAAAACUGAUGGGAAAGGUAUGUUUUUAUACAAUGCUUAUUUGGAACAAAUGUGACGUGGUCUUUCUGA